GAACCAAAAGUCGCCGGAAAACCGCGAUUCUCCAACGGUUUUUCAGGCUAUUUCACCCACUUCCGCCGAGCAAAACCCAAAUCAAACCUCAAAACCGUUCUUCCCUCAUCAAAGGCGGCCUUCUCCUAGAUUUUGGGUAGAUUUGGGGGAUUUUUACUCCAACAAUGUCGCCGACGGCGAGCCUUUGACGAGAUUCUGAAGAAUCCCCGGCGACCCUUCUCUUGGGCUGUUUUAAGUUGUUUUUGUCUUCCUCGCCCUCACCUCACUUCCUCCUAUGUCCUACUUGAGUCUCCAGGUUGGUUUUCAGCUCUACCUUAUUUAUUUUGGGAGAAUCGGAUUAGGUAGAGAAGUGAGGAGAAUUUUUAGGGUCUUGAAUGUUGAAUUUAGAAUUAGGGCGAGGAAUUAGGUGAAUUAGGAUGAUUGAAUGGAUGAUUGACUUUGCAUGAGCUUAGUGAGCCUUGGUGGGCAUUUGUUGAUUCGAGUUGUUUUCAUUUGUAGAUUUUGUCCACCAAGUGCUAAUUUUUGAAUGAAUGUGCAUUGCUAUGCUUGAAUGGUGGAUGGUAGCCACCGUGGCAUGGGUUUAGGGUUCAAAUCUUUUGUGUAGAUGAACCGUGAAAUACCCACAACCAUGCCACGAUGUGUUUGAGCUUAAAUGUUUGAAUCCGUAGUGGAACCAUAAGUGUGGGGGGUAUUUCUUUUCCUCCCAAUGAGUUGUGAUUGAUAAUUGUUUCCACGCAUGGUGCAUGUUUGAAUUCUUUUUGUAGGAUGCUUAACGUGGAGCACGAGUUCAUCAACUACUUGGUGGGCCACGCACGAUUCGGCGACAAGUUCGCCUACCAGAGGGAGAGCCCGGUCGGGUCACAUUGGCAGCUGGACCUGGACAUGUUUAUCAUGUUCAGGUGCCGAGCCGCAAAGUUGGGGGUCGUCUGUCACCCCCAGUGGCGCCUGCUACUCACCAUGGACGAGCUCAUUUACCACGAGCUAUGCCUGGAGUUCUACUCCACGUUCGACCAUGUAGUCCCGACUGGCAAGAGAAGCCAGUCGUAUGUGGAGUUCAUGUUGGCAGGCCAGUCCCAAGUGCUGACUUAUGAUGCUUUUGCCAAGGUCAUGGGGCUCGACCUGACACACAUGACGAUGAAGGAGUGCCAGUACCGCCCCGAGAACGAGCACGAGGAGUACGAGGCGAGCCGCACCAAUGCGGUGAAGCUGAGGACUCCUUGGAGGAUUCUCCAUACACUGCUCACUCGUUUGGUCAUCCCCAUCCUGCAGUCGGGACAGUUGAUGACGAAUGGAGGGAUUCUGGCUCUCUUCUCCAUGUGGCAUCCUGCGGAGCCGAUCCAUCUGGGAUCACUGAUAGUCACCUCUUUCGCCUGGUGUCUGGGGUGGAACAGGGUGGACACCAUGCACAUGGGGGGGAAUCAUCACGAGGAUUGCCCGCCACUUCGGAGUGGAUGUGGAGCAAUGCCCCAUCGUCGGGAGGACUGAGCCCUUCCCAGUGGCUACACUCUAUAACCUCGACGUGCUCCGACCUUCGGGAGCCAUGCACCCAGCAGUUGACCCGGCUCCAGUGGAGCCAGAUGCAGGGGUUCCACCCCAAGAGCAGCCACCUACUUGAGCACCCGACCGCCACCGGCAUCCCGUGCUCCAGCGCCCUAUACCACCACCAGCAGUAGCUUCAUCAUCCAGACCAGCCGGUGAUCCCCUCGUCUAGAGGAUGCAUCGCCUCGAGACUCAGUUUGGGGGAGUGACUUACCGCAUCGACUGGCAGACCGACCUCCUUGAGCAGAUGGCUCGACGACAGGGUCUCAUUCCUAAUAAUGACCCGAGGCUUUCGACCUAGUGAGAGGUAGCCGACGAGGGGGAUAUGUGGCAGAGCCGAUUCCUUUCGCCCCACUACUCCACUUGGGACUCUGAACUCGUUUUUCUUAUUUUUCUUUCGUUUAUGUGUUUGUGACUAUAAACUACUACUACUAUCGUAUUGUGUUGUGUAAUAACCUCGCCUUGAGAGAGUGAUAUUUUGUUUGUGUAUGCGUGUUUUUGUCUUCUCCUUGAAGCUCAAAAUCUCAUACCCCAAAAACAAUUCCAACUUUCACUCACCAAGCAAAGCGGUAACGUCGUUCUACCCCUAUCUUACGUCAUUGAGGGAAAUGUCGAGCUUAAGUUUGGGGGGGUAGUUUAUUAUUAUGAUUGUGUGAGUGUGAUUGAUGCUUGGAGCCUUGAUGUAUGCCCAAAUUUGAAAAUUUUGAGGGCUCCAAGUAAUGUUUGCAUGAUCAAAGUGGCCAGUUUGUAGGAGAAUCGUGUGGUUAUUGGCAUUGACCUUGGCUUGUUGCAUGUGAUCGAGUGCGUCCUAUGAUGAUGAUUGAGAGGUGCAUUAGGAUAGUGCAAAGGUUUAGUUCUCAUGUGUGAUAAAAUGAAUGGAUGUUUGACUCGAAUAAUUGUUGAUUACAACUGUCAUGCAUGUUGCUUUGUGAAUUGGAAUAGAUGGUUGGGUGAAUAGGUAGCCAUGUGAGCUUUGAGCCGAUCCUUUUAUUCUUGUGUGCUUAGAUCCCUCUUACCAUGGCGAGUAACAUCACAGUUGCCACUAGUGAGUAUGAUGGAGGCAUAGGAUUAGUCCACACCCAAAUGUUGAUUGUCCCGAAUUGAUUUAUCCACUAGUCAACCCCUUUGAGCCUUGUGACUUUGGGGGUCGUUCUCAUGCUAGGAACUUGUUGUUCGUGAGCUUAAUGGUGUUGGUAGAACGACUCACCAUCUUUUCUUUGUGUCUAUACCUGUGUCAUCCUUGUGUCCCGGAGCUCUAGCUUUUGAGAUCCAUUGAGGUUCUACAUAGGAGGAUUGUGUGCGGUUCUUGCUAGGAAUGAAAAUGAAAAUGAAAA